AUGAGUUCAUCACCAAGAAGAAUAUUCAAUUAUUAGGUUAAACCAAAGUAUUCAAAUGAAUAAAGUAAAGGCAAUGAAUUGAAACAAAAAAAUUAUAGAGGUUCAUCAACAGAAAGUAUCUAAAGAAAAAAUGAGUAUGAAGAAUGAUAAAUAAAAGAUUAGAGUAGAGUAAAAGACAUAUUCUCCAAAAACAACAUAUAAAUAAAACUUUUAAUUUAGUCCAAGUAGAUAGAAAACAGAAUAAGAUUAAGUUCGAUAAAAAUAAAUAGAUCAUGCUUCACCUUAAAGGAUAUAAAAGAAUUUUGAGAAAUUAAAAAGUGUUUCGAUUUAGUAAGACUUCAAAGCUGGAAAACAGAUAAAUAAAUCUUAAUAUUAACUGAAUUAAGAAUAGGUAUAAAUUAAAAACAUAGAAACAAUUUAAAUGAAUUCUUAACGUUCUUCAACUAAACCUUCAGGAACAAACUAAAGAUAAAUUCUAAUUUAAAAAUAACCUUAGAAAAGUUUAAAUAAUCAAGUUUAAUAAUAAAAAACUGAACAGAAAACUAGUCCUUAAAAAAGUUCUGAAAAAAAGAAUGAGUCAAUAUCAAAAAAAGAUGAAAUAAAAAAUUAUAAAAAAUAAAAUGAAAAUCCAUCAUUAACACCAAGGUUAGUUAUCUAAAAGACAUCCUUAACUCCUCCAAAUCAAAAAUAAAUUUAAACAUGCAGAGGAAAAUCACAAUCUAAUCAUUUAAAUUCAUAAACUCAAAAAUUAAAUGUCUUAUUAGUAAAAAAUAAAAUUUUAAUAUAGUCUCAUGUUAUUAAACCAAUGUUUAAAGAUGCUAGAUAUUAUAUAACUUCAGUUAUUCAUUUUUUAAAAGAGUAAUAUUUUCCUAAUACUGCCCCAUAUAAACUUUAAUUUGGUCUUGAAUUUUAGGAUUAAUAACAUUAUUUUAGAAAAAAGUUUUGUGAUCAUUUUUUUAUAAAUUUUACCAAUGUGAAAUUAUGUUAAACUCUGCAAUAGAAAACAUAAAUCAUACCUAUAUAAAUGGAUCCACCAAAAUAGCCUAAAUUAAGCAAGAAUCCUACUAAAACAAUAAUAUUUGAUCUUGAUGAAACUUUAAUACAUUGUAAUGAUAUUAAUUUUGAUCCAACCGAUCAUGAAGUUAUUGUUUAAGUACCUAAUGAGCAAGAUCAAAAAGUAUGAAUUGAAAUUAUUUAUAGGUUCGAUUUAACAUAAGACCCCAUUGUGUUCCUAUGUUGCAAACUUUAUCUUAAUUUUAUGAGUUAAUUCUAUUUACUGCAUCUUAUAAAGAAUAUGCAGAUAAAAUCCUUGAAUAAAUAGAUCCGAAAAAUCAUUUUUUUUCUUAUAGACUUUAUAGGGAUAAUUGUGUCACUUUAACCGAUGGUCGAUUAGUAAAAGAUUUAAGAGUUUUAGGAGGUAGAAAAAUGGAUGUAAAUAAAUAUUCAAGAUAUCAUUUAGUCUAUGGUAUUAGUUGAUAAUUAUGCAUAUUGCUAUUUUUUUCAACCUGAUAAUGGAAUUCCAAUUAUUCCAUUUGAAGAUAAUAAGAAAGAUAAAGAACUUAUUUAUCUUACAGAUUAUUUGAUUAAAUGUGAGAAACUUACAAAUUGGCUUGAACACCAUAAACAUAAUUUCAAGAAUUUCAUCCAUUAUCAGUGUGCAACAUUUAAUGAAUGCUUAAGAAGAAUUAUUUGA